CGGCCACGCCCCCUCGCUGCUGUUGGUGUGAGAGACGUCAUCACCGCUGCUUUCAGAGACACUCAACAGGGAUUUAUUUUUCACUCCUACUCGUUUCCCGGACUUGGCCGAUAGAGGUUCUUCGAACAUGGUCUGCGGCGGUUUCACCUGCUCCAAAAAUGCGCUUUGUUCCCUGAAUGUGGUUUACAUGCUGGUUGGCCUGCUGCUGAUUGCCGUAGCAGCAUGGGGGAAGGGGUUCGGCUUGGUGUCGAGCAUCCACAUCAUCGGAGGGGUCAUCGCAGUGGGUUUCUUCCUGCUGCUCAUCGCCAUCGUUGGACUCAUCGGAGCAAUACACCACCACCAAGUCAUGCUGUUCUUUUACAUGGUGAUUCUGUUCAUUGUUUUCCUCUUCCAAUUUGGAGUGUCAUGUUCCUGUUUGGCGAUGAACCGUGGCCAGCAGGAAGGGCUUCUCAACUCUACCUGGAAGAUGUUGCAUAACAACACCAAGAUAGACCUGGAGACUCAGCUGGACUGCUGUGGACUGCUCAAUGGCACCGACACCCAGAUGUUUAUUGACGAUUUGCAGGACUGCCUCGCUCCAUGCAAAAAGACCGGUUCUUGUGUGACCUGCGGGUUUAAGAUGCUGAAUCAUGCAACAGAGGCUCUGAAGAUCCUCGGGGGCGUCGGACUCUUUUUCAGCUUCACAGAGAUCCUGGGAGUGUGGCUGGCUGUUCGCUACAGAAACCAGAAGGAUCCACGAGCCAACCCAAGUGCUUUCCUAUAGUCCGUGGCAUGCAGCCGAGGUCAUUUCAGACACACUGGUACACACAGAAUCAUGCACAUCUAGAGGCAUACACUCAGGCAUAUAAAUACAGAGUCACAACCACACAGAAUGGACGAGCGCACACAGCACCUGAUAUAACACUGAAAAAAAACAAAAACACGCACACCUUCACCUGAGACUGAGAAACAACAACAACCUGUUCAGAGACGAAUGCCAGAGCUGGAUACUCAUGUAUGAAAGGAUGACUUGUAAUACUGAGAAGUGUGACUUGUUGGUAUCGCGACCCAGCCUCGAGUUGAGUUCCAGGUUUCCCGAUUGCAGCCAGCUAUGUAAGAAGUGAUGAGACAUCUCUGCAUGUGUCCCACGCCUGCACAGACCAACAGCCUCUCUUUGUCGAGUUCAUUCCACACACCAAGCAAACGACUGUGCGGUGUCCAACAAAUAACGUGUAUGCACCUUGAAAUUUUCCUCUUGUCUCUAAUGUAGUGCCACCACUUAAUAUACUCAGUGCUGUCAGUGAUGUGUACCCACACAUGUCCAGUGUGAUGUGAUGAGAGGAGUUAGAAGAAGGCACAUACUGGACAUGUGGUGUAAAGUUGUUUUUGAAAUGUAUGUUAGUGUUUUUUUUUCUCUCUCUCUCUCUGAUGCCACAAAUGCCGCGAUUAUGGAUAAGGAAGUGAGAGUAGGUUUUAGAUAGCGUAGUUGCUAGUCAUUCGGGUUCAAAUAUUUAUGAACUGUAACUGAGCCAACUAACUUGUAACUUUCAGCGAUCCCAACAGACUGCAGCUUCGUUCUUGUACAUAAUAUUUAGAUACCAUAGUUGACAGAAAUGAUUUUCAGUGGGUUUACCAUGUAGUUCCCCCUCUAGUUUAGAAAUCACACGCAGACUCCUAGAAAGCUUCAGCGAUCCACACUCCCUGUAUUUUAUCAUGUUCUUCUGUGUCACUCGGUGUAGAAAAGUGGAUUCAGGUACGUAUCCUGUGUAACUGGAAGAAAUGACAAACAUGUAAAACAUAAAUAAGUGCGCUUUGAUUUGGAAUAAUUGAGUAAAUUUGGCCACAACUGCUUUUCGCUUGGUUAAUUUAGUUUUAACAGUAUUGAUUGUGUGUUUUUGGUUGCAAUUCUUCAUUUUGAAAAUGGUGUUUUCUUUUUGUGUUCUCAUUUGCCAUCAGCUCUUUUUGUUCAUCAGUGUUAAAUGCUUUGUAAAAUAUACUUGUUAAAUAUUUUCAGGACCUAUUUAAGUUAAGUUUGAUGACAUUAUGUCAUAGCUUCGAUAUCUGCCGUUAAAUAAUUGCGCAUUAAUUCUGUUUUUAAGAUAUUUGUUUCUCUUUUUAAUUACGUUUAACUUAAAGGACUAACAAAAUGUAAUGCUAUGUCUUACUUGAGCCUGUCGACUUUACUGAUGGAUGAAUUUCCUGCUGCUGGUUCUUGUUGGUGUAAAGAAAACAUUUGGCAGAUCUUAAGCAUUAUUAUGCCAUAUAUUACACCUCACUUUGAAUUUGUGUGCACUUGUUAUUCAAAUGUAUCUUGAAUUUUUGAGACUUAAUUUUCCAAAUAAUAAAACCUCAAAUUGGAAACCGUU